AUGGCUGGUGUUCUUGAUACUCAUAAUGGUAUUCAUCUCGACAUAUCAAACAAAUAUUUAAAGGUUAAAGAUGUAAAUCUCACAUCAGCAGAACUUGUGCCUGUUUUAAAAUCGGUAAAAAUUUUAAAGCAUCUGGAUGACAAGAAAUAUCUCGAUCUGGCUGAUCAUUUCAAGAUCGUAAAAUUUCGACGAGGUCAACAUAUUGUUCAAAUCGGAAGAAUAGCCGAUAGAUUUUUUAUUCUUUUGAACGGUACUGCUGGUGUAUUUAAGCCAGGAAAAAAUGGUCAAACACUUGAUCAAGUGUCUACAUUAAAUCGAUUGGAUUAUGUAGGUGUUUUGGAUAUGUUCUUUAAUCGAAGAUAUUUGGCUACUGUUACGGCAAAUAUUCUUUUAUCAUGCACUGAAAUGAACAUCGACAUGUUCAAUUUUUGGAUUAGACCUAUAUUAGAAGAUCUUCAAUCAAAAUCUGAAGAAUAUAAUACAUUCAAAAAUUUAGAUGUUUAA